AUGCCAGAAGUUGCCCCAGAUGCUGUUGUUGCAGCUACGGUAACACAUACUGCUAGUGGUGUUCAGCAACUGAAUGGAGCAGCAACAACAGUAGCAGCAGCAGCACCAACUUAUCAACCACAACUUCCAGAGAGCAGUACUGAUGAUCAUAGUGUAAACAUGGCAGACAGUUUGCGAGGCACCUCCAUCAAUUUUGACUCUAAACUGUAUGCAGCAUUAUCAUUAUCUCAUGCAAAUGUCAGAGCUAUGUCUCCAAGAUUUUGUAAGCAAAAAUGUCUGCCAUUGAUUGACAAAAUCCGUAAGAGGGAGAAAAGUGGAGAGCCAUUUUUUUCUUUGGAGUUUUUCCCACCACAUACGAACAGUGGAGCAAUGAACUUAAUUUCCAGAUUUGAACGUCUAGCUGCCAGCAACCCCUUGUUCUGUGACAUCACUUGGCACCCUGCCAGCGACCCCUCAAACACUGAGAAACCCACUAGCUCCACCUGCAUGGCUGGGAUUAUGCUAAACUACUGUGGAAUUGAUACCAUGCUGCACAUGACCUGUGCCCAGACAACAGCUGAUAAAGUUAAGGACAACCUCUGCAAAGCAAAGGGGCUGGGAAUCAGAAACAUUCUGGCUUUACGAGGAGAUAUCCCAGAAGGAAACACAGACUGGCCAGUAACAACUGGAGGACUUAACUAUGCUGUUGACCUGGUGCGAUUAAUUCGCUACCCAACUGGACACCCAGAAUGUAAGUCCUAUGAAGAAGACCUCAGACAUCUCAAAGAGAAAGUGGAUGCAGGGGCUGACUUUAUCAUCACUCAGCUUUUCUUCAAGGCUGAAACAUUUUUGAAUUAUGUCAGUGAUUGUCGAAAAUUAGGCAUUACUGUUCCAAUAUUACCUGGCAUUUUACCUAUUCAGGCAUACCAGUCACUGCAUCACAUUGUGAAACUUUCAAAACUUCAAGUGCCUCAAGAAAUCAUUAAUGCCAUCAGGAAAUAUGGUAUCGACCAAGCUGUCGAUAUGUGUCGUGUUCUACUCAACUCUGGCCUGGCACCUGGCUUGCAUUUUUACACACUGAACCGAGAAGUGGCCGUGACAGAAAUCUUGAAACAGCUGGGAAUGUGGAAGCAGAAAGUAUGUCGUAUGUUGCCGUGGAAGCAAACUGCAAAUCAUACUCGGUGUGAUGAGGAUGUUCGGCCAAUUUUUUGGCGUUCUCGGCCUAAUAGCUAUGUAUAUCGAACUUCUGCCUGGGAAGAGUUCCCCAAUGGCCGCUGGGGGGAUUCACGAGCUGCGUCAUUUAAUGAUAUUAAGACAUACCAUCUGUUUUACUUGACAACUAAGUUAUCAAAGCAAGAAAUGCUGAGCAUGUGGGGUGAGGAACUGAACCAUGAACGAGACGUCUGGUCAGUUUUCUACUGCUAUCUCACAGGAGAGCUCAACAGCAAGGGAGUUAAGGUGACAAGGAUCCCAUGGGACGAUGAUGAAAUAGUUGAAGAGACAUCGGUCAUUGCCGACAAACUGGCCUCAGUAAACAGGCAGGGUGGUGCUGAUGACUACACAAAUUGUGAUGAACUCCAGCCUAUUGCGGUCACAUGGGGGGUCUUUCCAGGCAAGGAAAUUGUCCAGCCAACAGUUGUUGACCCUGAGGCUUUCAAGAUCUGGAAGGAUGAGGCAUUUGCUCUGUGGCUGGAGACCUGGGCAGAGAUUUAUCCUCAAAAUUCCAAAUCCAGGGAGGUCAUUCAGUACAUCCAUGACAACUACUAUCUCGUCAACUUGGUGGAUAAUGAAUAUCCAAAGGAGACCAUCUUGUGGGAGAUCCUGGAGGAGAUGUUGCUUCUA